CUCGGUUCGCUAAGCUAACGCUAGCUCCGAGGCUGGCGAGACUCACAGGGACUAGAGCUGGAGAUUCAUAGUAAAUAGAGAGUCUCGCGGCAGAUAGUGGUUAUUUAGAGGCUGUAUGGUGGAUGCCCCAAUCACUUGUGUUGUGAAGGACUCCAACAUACUCCAAACCUGUACGGUGAGCAGAAGCUGGAGAGUUUCGGGUGAUGCUGAUGAAAUGAAGCUGACAGAGAUGAAGAGAGGAGAAGACAGAUGUGAACACAGCAACAUGUGCAGAGACUAAAGACCAGACAACUUCUGAAACCUGGAGGGGGACGUGCUGGAUCCAGAUUCUCUAAACCUGAAGAAGCGGAUCAGUUUUAUGGACUCGACUGAGAAACAAAGACUACAUGUGGACAUAUUAAAAUCUUUGGCUUGUCUGAGUCUGCGGACUGAUGUGUUGGAUGAAGAAAUGGGCGACAGGAGACCACAAGAACCUAUAGAGCCAAUCUGACAGUCUAAAAACAACGAGAACAGACAGAAGGGAUGAGAUGCGAGGGAUUUAUGUGUCGAGUGCAGUCACUUCCUGGAGUCUCAGCUGGUUCCGACGUCCUCGCCAUGACAGCCACACUCCAUCUGUGUUGCAGAGACGACACUGUGGUCCUCAGCAAAGUGCACCUUUAUGAGCCAACAUUUUAUACUUUUACUUUUAUCCUCGGUCUCAUGCUGGAUGAAAGAAGCUGCUGCUGUCUAGACUGAAGCAUCCGUUUCUCCUUGUCAGUGCAUCAUCAUGCCUGAUGACAUGGCGAGGCCUUUAGUCCGAGGCAGAGGUGAAGGAGGCGCCUCCAGAAAUCUCGAAGCCCUCAUGCCUGAACCCGGCGCUCUGGUGAUUGGCAUCUUGGGCACGGGCGACUUCUCCCGUUCGCUGGCCAGGAGGCUGGUGGCCUCCGGCUACCACGUGGUGGUGGGGAGUCGAAACCCCAAACGCUCUUUGGCUCUGUUCCCAGAGGACGCUGAGGUGACGUCUCAGAUGGAGGCAGCCACUCAGGCAGACCUGAUUUUUAUGGCUGUGUUUCCGGAGCAUCACUCCACGCUGCUGCAGUUAAAGCCGGCAUUAGCGGGGAAGACGCUGGUGGACGUCAGCAAUGGUUUGCACCUCAACCGAGAUGGGCCUUCAAAUGCCAACCAGCUGGCAGAUCUGUUUCCAGAAAGUUUUGUAGUGAAAGGGUUCAACACCAUAUCGGCCUGGACUCUCCAGGUGGGCCCUCGGGAUGGAAGCAGGCAGAUUUUCCUCUGCAGUGACAAUCCUAAUGCCAAGAACUCAGUGAUGCAGCUGUGUCGCAGAAUGGGCUUUGUCCCUGUGGAUAUGGGCUUCCUCUCCUCUUCUCUGGAAAUCGAAAACCUCCCCUUCUACCUAUUUCCCUCCUGGCACAUCCCCGUCAUCUGUACUCUGUCGCUGUUCUUCGUUUUCUACCUGUACAACUUCCUCCGUGACAUCCUGCAUCCCUUCAUCAAAGAAGGAAAGAGUGUUUUCUACAAAAUGCCCAUCGAGACUGUCAAUGUCACUCUUCCCUCCGUGGCCUUGGUGAUGUUAGCGCUGGUCUACCUGCCUGGUCUGUGUGCUGCUUACCUCCAGUUGUACUGGGGCACCAAGUACAAUCGCUUCCCCAACUGGCUGGACCGCUGGCUAACCAGGAGGAAGCAGUUUGGACUGUGCAGCUUCCUGUGCGCAGUUCUGCAUGCCGUCUACAGCCUGUGUCUCCCCAUGAGAAAGUCGGCCCGCUACAAACUGCUCAAUGCCGCUUUUAAACAGGUGAAGCAGGGGGUGGAGGACUCGUGGGUGGACGAGGAGGUGUGGAGGAUGGAGCUGUACCUCUCGGUGGGCAUCAUGGCUCUCGGGCUGCUCUCUUUGCUCGCCGUCACCUCGCUGCCCUCUGUGGCCAACGCUGUCAACUGGAGGGAGUUCAGCUUCAUACAGUCCACACUAGGUUACUGCGCCUUGUCCAUGGCCACCAUCCACACGCUCCUCUUCGGCUGGGAUCGCGCCUUCGCUCCGGACCAGUACCGCUUCCACCUGCCCCCCACCUUCGUGCUGGUCCUGAUCCUCCCGAUGGUGGCGCUGCUGGGCCGCCUGGCGCUCCUCCUGCCCUGCGUGGCCCUUCGGCUCCGGAAGAUCCGCCGCGGCUGGGAGAGGAGCCAGCACAUCCGCUUCACCCUGACGGACGGCCACAGCAACGGGCUGGAGGACGUCAGUAAUGUGUGAAGAGCGUAAAGAUCCAGACAAGAAGGUGGAGGAGUGGAGCUCUCUGUUCACACUCAUGAAUAUGAACUCCACUCUGAGACGGACGAUUAAUGAUUUAUCAUCACAUUUCCUCAUCAUCUCGUCUCUAUAGUUUUGUCUCUCAAAUGAUCCGGUAGUUCUGCUGAGACGUUUGACCCGAGUGGUCGGCUUUAUUGCACUAUGCUUUCAAAUAAUCAGUGUUCACUUUCACAUUUCUCAGUUCCCUGGAGUUUCAACCCAGAGACUAAAGAAGAGUUUGACUUUCUGUCCUAAUUUAUUCAGAUCAGUCACUAUUGAACUUGUAACGAACCUGCUGAAGAAUUUAUCACUGAAACUUUGAAUUAAUAUCUCUUCUCUCCGAGACUGUUCGUGUCUCGUCUUCUGAUUUAAAGGAUUUGAUGCCGUUUUUGUUCAGCUCCUACUUCAAUGCUGCGAUGUACACAUUUUUAUCAACAAACCCUUUAGUGCUGAUUGGUCCAAAUCCAAAAUGAAACCGCUCAUGUUGUGUAAAGUCACUGUUGAGUUUUUUGCAAUACAAAUUCAAAAACAUGUAAUCUUAAAAAUAUUAGGGACUGUACAAAACUAUUCUAUUACAUUAUUCAUAUUUAAAUC